GCCUUCAGCGGCGUCACCCCCUACGGCUACUUUCUCAUCAGCGCCUGCAAGGUUUAAAAGGACAUUCUUUUCUGCCUCGGAGUGCUUCCAGUUCAGCUCUACAUCUUGUGUGAACAACUUUUUGAUGGCCUCCCAGAAAAAAAUAAUCGCAGGAAAGGCUUUCUGUUUCUGUUUCAUUUUUACAGCAUCUCUGUGUGUGUUUUAAACAUAUCUGAUUACAAACACGAGACUUAUUUCUGCGUACUGUUAGUCUGAUAAUAUUGUUCCAAAGUAAAAAACCAAACCUGUCCUGCCUGAAGAAAAUUUCAGUAAAAAUAAAACCUAAAUGAAGUGCUCCUUUCUGUUUCCCUUCUACCUUAACACAAACCUAAAGAAAACUUUUAUCAUAUUUGGAGUGGUAUUUUAAUGUCUGUACAGUUUUAGAUGCAUGCAGCAAGUACAGCUGCAUAUCUAAGCCUUUCAACUAAACUCUUUUACAAAGAAUAGCUUCAUAAAGUGUGUGGUAUUUCCACGUGCUGGUGCAAGGGAAUCUUUUUUAAAAACAGCUUCCUUUUUUAUCAUGUUACCUAAAUAUUGGUUUUGUUUUUGUGAAGAUGGUAAGCCUAUGCUGCGUCAGGGUGACACAGGAGACUGGAUUGGCACAUUUCUAGGUCAUAAAGGUGCUGUUUGGGGUGCCACUUUGAACACGGAUGCCACUAAAGCAGCUACAGCAGCAGCAGAUUUUACAGCCAAAGUGUGGGAUGCUGUGUCAGGCGAUGAACUAAUCACAUUGGCUCACAAACACAUUGUCAAAAGUGUGGAUUUUACACAGGAUAGCAAUUAUCUGUUAACAGGUGGACAAGAUAAACUAUUGCGUAUCUACGACUUGAGCAAGCCAGAAGCAGAACCUGACGUUGUCAGUGGACAUACUUCCGGCAUUAAAAAGGCUUUAUGGAGCAGUGAUGACAAACAGAUUCUUUCAGCUGAUGAUAAAACUGUCCGCCUCUGGGACCGGAGUACCAUGACCGAAGUGAAGGCACUAAAUGUUGCAAUGUCAGUGAGCAGCAUGGAGUAUGUUCCAGAAGGACAGAUACUUGUGAUAACCUAUGGGAAGACUAUUGCUUUUCAUAGUGCAGAAACUCUAGAGCAGAUUAAAUCAUUUGAAGCACCUGCUACAAUCAAUUCUGCAUCACUUCACCCUGCGAAAGAAUGUUUGGUUGCAGGUGGUGAAGAUUUUAAACUCUAUAAAUAUGACUAUAAUACAGGAGAAGAACUAGAAUCUUACAAAGGACACUUUGGUCCAAUUCACUGUGUGAGAUUUAGCCCUGAUGGAGAGUUAUAUGCAAGUGGCUCUGAGGAUGGUACACUAAGGCUGUGGCAGACAACAGUAGGGAAAACCUAUGGUCUUUGGAAGUGUGUAGUUCCUGAAGAGGAGAAUGCAGAAGCAGCAAAAGCAAGGACCACCCUUCCAGGAACUGCAGAGGAAGAAAUAGAAGAUCUUGCCUCUGAAAACUCAGAUUCAGUGUACAGCUCAACUCCUGAAGUUAAGGCCUGAUUAUUGCAACUGUUACGCGACAUGUGGACAUAAGAGACUAAAUCAAGUGAACAGUGAUGAACAGCAGCCUUCCAGAGUGUGCUCUCUACAUAAGGCAAAGAUGGGCAGUAAUUGAUGAGAAUGCGGUGGAACUGGCUAGGUGUUGUCUGUAAGAGAACUGAGCAUCCAAAUAAAAUAAAAAAAAGACAAGUAGUAGAGUUUUGCUAUCUUUUUAGCAUAACUGCCUACUGUCUUUUCAAAGAAGUGUGCAAGCCAAGAUCCAGUCUCUCCAAUUUCAAUUAGACUCAUUGUAGUGUGUUUUCUUUAUUAUGGAGAAGAGAUACAAUGGCUUUUACCCAUUCUUUUUUUCUUGAAAGUUGGAAAAUUUGGCUUUAGUUCAAAAGAAGGGAUUACGUACUUCCAGUAUUUGGUUCGGGUUUUGUUUCAUUGUACGCUGCUUCUGAAUGUUUAACUGUUUUCAGUUGUUUAAAUAAAAUGCCUCUCAACUCGUAUCUUACUGUUCAGUGUUGGAUUUGUGGAAUGGAAAAGCAACCAAGUUAAUAACGUAAUCCUUUCUAGCAUCUUGGUUUUGUACUAUACAGAAGGAAGGCGGUAGGAAUGGUUUGGUGUUGGUAGGGAGGGUGGCAAGUUCUUUGAUCUGUAAGCUUUGUGUCUUUUUACUCUUUGAAUGUAAACGUGAGUCUCUAAAAUCAAAACCAGUGAAAACUAAAUUAAACAUGCUGCCUGAAAUAUUUGGUUGUACAUGAAAAUCUCAAAGGUUGGCUAUGAAUCUGUGUAAAGCUUGGGUUUAGUGCUCCAGACUGGAUAAAAAAAGUUAAUCUUUCAAGGUUACAAAUCAUAUUUUCUUCAUUAAAGAAAAUAUUGCC